UCCGCGCUCAGCCCACAGUCCCGGCUCCUCUCUGGGCCCCAGGUCUGUGUGUGGGUGUCGCUCCCUCCCUCCCUCUCUGCUCCCCGCGGACAUGCUGCUCUCUCUGGUUGUCCACACGCGGUCCCUGCGGUACUGGCUGCCGGCGGCGGUGAUGAUGGGCACGGUCCCCGCGUACCUGCUGACCUGGGCGGCCUGGCGCCUCCUCUCCUGCCUCCUGCCCUCCCGCUACUACCACAGGAUGGACGACCGUCUGUACGCCAUCUACCAGAGCAUGGUCCUCUUCUUCUUCGAGCACUACACGGGGGUCCAGAUUAUUAUAUAUGGAGACUUACCAAAGAAGAAAGAAAAUAUAAUUUACUUAUCUAACCAUCAGUGUACAGUUGACUGGAUCAUCGCGGACAUGUUGGCAGUCCGACAAAAUGCACUGGGCCAUGUACGCUACGUCCUGAAGGAUGGGUUGAAAUGGCUUCCCAUAUAUGGAUAUUAUUUUGCUGAGCAUGGAGGAAUAUAUGUCAAGCGAAGUGCCAAAUUCAACGAAGAGAUGAUGGCUCAUAAACUGCAAGCACAAUUAGAAGUGGGCACCCCAAUGUAUCUUGUGAUUUUCCCAGAAGGAACCCGUUACAACCCAGAUUCUCCGGAAACGAUCGCAGCAAGUCAGGAAUACGCUCACAAAGAAGGCCUCCCAAUACUAAAGCAUUCAAUGACCCCACGCGUCAAAGCAACCCGGGUAGCCAUCACCGCAAUGAGGGAGCACCUGGAUGCAGUGUAUGAUAUCACUGUUGCGUAUGGAAGAACUGUGAACAGUAAGGGAAACCGGAUAACUGCUCCAUCUAUGCCUGAAUUCUUAUGCAAGGAUUGCAAUGCAGUACAUAUAUUUGUGGAACGUCUAGAGAUGAAAGGAAUUCCAGAGGAACCUAGUUUCUUGAAGAGGUGGCUGCAUGAGCGCUUCGAAAUAAAAGACAAGUUGCUAACAGAAUUCUAUGAAGCAGAAGAUGAACAGAAAAGAUUCAAGUUUCCUGGAGAAGGUCGCUUAACACAGUUGAGCCUAAUGAGGACUCUACCAUCUGUGCUGUUUCUUAGUGGUCUGACACUCCCCAUGUUGCUGUCAGAAUCCGGAAGAAAGAUUUAUUUGAAUACGUGGCUUUAUGGGACUUUAAUAGGCUGGCUAUGGGUUAAUGUUAGACCCUAAAAUUCUUUCAUAUCUCUUCAUUAGAUAGAAUAAUCCAGAUAAUUGCUUGUGUAGACAUCAUUGGAAGAUGUCUGUGAAAUCGGAUUUCAGUACUGCUGUUGAAAUUUUUUUAUAUUAUAUAAUGAAAAAAUAUUGCCUUAAUGACUGAAAUGAAUACAUUAUUUUGGAAAUGUACCUGUUUAAUAUGGCUGUAAGGUAGUACUAGUGAUAAUUGUUCAGCUGCUCCCAGUAGUUUUAGUGCUCUGAUGUAUUUCUGUGCAGUUUUAGAUGCAAAUUCUUGUGUGCUGUUUUAAGUAUUCAAAUAUUGUGCAAUUAGCUGCCAUUGAGGACUGAGAAUACACUUGAGUUGACAAUACAAAUUGCUACAGCUCUUCCACUUGGGGUGAAUUACAGCACUUCACAUUACAAAGGCUACCAAUACUGUAUGUGAAGCUUCCCAUUCGUCUUCAGAUUGCAUUUUUGGGUUAAAUUAACAAUAUAUUUAGAGGCAAUUUAGAUCAUUGCUGCUCAGAUUGGUCAACUCGUUAAAUUGCUUUCAUUUGCACGCACAAUCAAUCAAAUUGAGUUUUCCAGGUAAGCUGAAAUUGUUUUGUAACGUAAUAUUCAGAGUGUUCACAAAGUCCUGUUACCCCCGUGUGUUUUUUUUACCCGCUGCACUGACCACCAACUGAAACGUGGGAGAAAGAUGAUACUUGCAUUUAGAAGUACUUAAUUGUAUUCAGUGCAAGUGUUUAACUGUCUUUAGACACCCAGAGGAUCUCAGUGUGUGAGCGCCAGCAUUUUCAUGGUAGACAUGCUCCGUCACCAUGUUCGGUGCCAUAGAUGGAGUGAGGUGGAAGUUACUGGUGUCACACAUUGUUGCACACGACUCAUCUGCAACAGGAAAAUAGAAAUUCAUUAUAAGGAAGAAAAUAACAGGAUGAGGUGGGGGAGGGGGUAACAGGACUUUGUGAACACUCUACAAUGAAACCAAUGCAAUUACAGGUAUCGGCACACUGACAAAAGAUGGUCAAACGCUUACUUUUAGUUAGCUUUCUAAGGUCAUAGUGAUUUAUUUUCCCCUGAUUAUUUACUGGAAUUUCUGAUAGAAUAUGUACGUGCUGAUUGUACAUAAAAUUUCUGGUCAGACUGUUAAUUUCUCUAAUGUAAUGCUUUAUAUAUGUUUAUCAUCUUGCAUUUAGUUUCAUAUACAGUACAUUGUAGGUAAAGCUUUGGGGAAUUGGUCAGUUAUAGUACAUGUUAACGUUAUAUGUGGAUAAAUGAUUGUGGAUCUUCUGCUUGUCAUUUAGCUAACACGUUGCUUAAUGAUUACUGGUCUCUGAAAUGAGUGAUGCCUUGAUGUGCCAUUCACUGUAUUUACAGAAAGCAUGUGCCUUUUUGCCUGUGAUGGACAGGUUCAUCCUCACCACUGGUACUAACAGUCUUAAUACAGGCAUAUUCCAAAUGCAUCUAUCUCGAUGCCAACUUCCAGCUGAGCUUUCUUGUGGAAAGCAAACACUCCCCCUUGUGGGCUGGUGAGAUUGGACUAAGUCUCUACUUGUGAUUUCUCGAGCGCGCAGGCUUUGUGCUCUACAUGCAGUACAUACAGGACAACCCACGCUAUCCCAAUGCACAAAAUGUAGUUUUUUAAUCUUACUAUAAGUUUGAUUCACAAA